CUUUCCACAACUUACUCAACAACAGUUCUUAUUGAUUCAAGAUGGGCCGAGAAUGUGCGCGUUGUGUUGAAAAAGGACAUCGAUGCACGUGGGUCCAGUCCUACAAAGCCAGUGAAUCCAGCAAAAAAAGCCAAACUUGUGAUCGUUGCAUCAAAGAUCGAAAACGAUGCAAAGCCUUUGUGUUGUCAUCUGACGAGAUUCCCUCAGUGCAUGGAAGUCUCAACUCCUCGGACUCUGCGAAAGAAACCACCGAUGGAACUCAAAGUCCUUCUUUAGAUAGUUCGCCUAAAGCGGGUUCAUCAAACUUUCUUCCGCGACGCAGUGCCCGCAAUCAACCGGCUGAACCUACCCGUCAGGAGGCUAAAGAAGCGAGACCUUCUGGUGCCACGCAUACCCAUAUACCGGCUCCCACUGCGCGAUCCUACGCCUCCAAACGACCUGGUGAACCACUUGAACAGGAUCAAGGCCGUCAGAAGCAUCCUCGCCAAAACAGAGCUCAAACCUCACGAGCAGGCCCCCAAGCGCCAGAAUAUCAGCCAGUUCUCUCAAAGCCAGCACUAGCACAGGUGUCAAGAUCCAUUCAACCAUCUGACCAGCUAGUUGCUGGGCCCUCUAAGCUUGCAGAAAAGAAGCAACCACCACAGGGUUUGACCGAACACCACAAACCUCGACAACAUGCGCCCAAGGAUAAACCCGCACCGCCUGAGACAAAACAUCAGUCCAAAAUUCCCAAAUUGAAGAACCCUGAACCCCCUCCACAACAGCCGGCUGCGAUGCCACUUCAGCCCGAAGCUAAGAAAAAAUCACUCCAGACUCGCCGACCUACCCCGGGCCCAGGCAGAUCGUCAAAGGUUGAGACAUUGCAGCCACAAGCUCAACAGCCACUCUCUCGUGCCUAUCCGCCUGCACUCCACAGACGGGGUACGUGGCACCCAGUGGCAUCUAAAUCAUCUAUCCCAGUUCGGAGACCGCCUGCACCGGCUUCUUCCCCCGACACCAUGCCUCAUUUUGUACCUGAUUUUGUACCCGAUCUCAACUGGCUCGCUGCUCCGCCUGAACUUCCCCAUCGAUAUUCAGUUCUUCGCACGCGUCCUCGGCCUUCGGCGGCCAUUAAAUCACCUGUAGCUCCCCAGCUCCAACAACUGAGCCCGGAGCCCCUGCCUGGAACUUCUCCAUCUCCUAUCCCAGUUCGCACGCGUCCUCGGCCUUCGGCGGCCAUCAAAUCCCCUGUGGCUCCCCAGCUCCAACAACUGAGCCCAGAGCCCGUGCCUGGAACUUCUCCAUCUCCUAUCCCAGUUCGCACGCGUCCUCGGCCUUCGGCGGCCAUUAAAUCCCCUGUGGCUCCCCAGCUCAAAAAACUGAGCCCGGAGCCCCUGCCUGGAACUUCUCCAUCUCCUAUCCCAGUUCGCACGCGUCCUCGGCCUUCCGCGGCGACCAUAUUUCCAGUCGUGCCCGGGCCCCAACCACUGGCUGCGGAGCCCCAGAUUAAAUCCUCUUCAUCUCCUAGCCCUCUGCGCACAUCGCGUGGGCCUCAAUCUUUUGCUACCAUCAUUCCCCGCUUGAGCCCCCCUUCGCCUCGUCGUCCUGCUACCACCUCACCCACGCACAGCUCCCCUUUGCUUCGCUUUCGUGGUAGACCUAACCCCAACCCUGCUUCGCCUUCAAGGGGCUCAUCUCCUCCUAAAACUAGAGAUGCUACCUUUUCCAGUUCUGGCCAGUCAUCUGUUCCAAGUAGGCCAGUAUCCCAGAAUCCCCCGCGUCUUGAGACCACCAUGCCCAGAUUUUCUUCUCCAAAUCACUUGAAUAGCAACCCUGAGAACGACCGACUCAGAGAAUCCCCUGGUUUCAAUCAAGACUUCCCCCAGACAGGCCAGGCAAGAGGCGUUCAAAGAACUUCAGCAUUUGCAAACCGCUUCACCCGGCCUCGCUCCAAUGACCCAGCAGCUGGAGAGGUCAGAAGGUCCCACAGAGCUGUCCUAGACUCAAUGGUUCGAGAAGCUUAUGAAAGGACCCGUCAGAUACUUUUAUCACUCUUUGCGCUCUAUCCCGCCCAGUCUACUGAUGAGCUGGAGGAAAGAAUCUCCAGUCUUCAGCUCGUCUAUGAUGAGUUUGGCCAUCUCAUUGAAUCAUCCUAUGAUGCUUUAAUCCUUGAUUGAUGUGAUGAAAAAUAUAUGUAUACCGAUAAUUAUUUCAUUUAAAUGUACAUCAAAAACCCCUUUUUU